AUGAUUGGUGAUGGCAUCUCCUAUAUAAAAGCGGUUGGGUCGGUGUGCAUAAUAUAUCUCAAUCGUCCGCUCUCACAGAACCAAACUCCGCCGGUUGCCGGAAAGCUUAGACCGAUCUCUGUAAAUCCGGUCCCCGGAGACCCAAACACCCCCAGUCCCAAUCCUUGGCAGGAGACUCAUCAUGUCUUUAAUCCAAGAAUCAUCAAGAUUGUUGAGCAGUUGAGAGCACCUAGAAAUCUGGAAAAAAAAGCUCACCAUUAUACGAUGCAGAUGCAAAGUUUUGCAGGUUUUGCAAUUGACCACCGUCAAUUUUCUGCCCUAGCUACUUGA